AUGCUCCAAUCCAAUACAGAAAAUGAUACUGUAGCUCCAGUGUUCCCCAUGGAGCAAGAUAUAAACGCAGCAUCUGAUGCCGUCCCACUAGUUCAGACAACAACGCUACAAGUCUUUGUAAAGCUUGCCGAGCCCAUAGUAUUUUUAAAAGGAUUUGAAACUAACGGAUUGUCUGAAAUAGCCCCCAGUAUCUUAAGAGGAUCUCUUAUCGUCAGAGUGUUGAAGCCGAAGAAAUUAAAAAGUAUAUCGAUAACAUUUAAAGGGAUAUCCAGAACAGAAUGGCCAGAGGGUAUACCACCAAAGCGAGAAGAUUUUUCAGAUGUUGAAACUGUUGUUAAUCAUACUUGGCCAUUUUAUCAAGCGGACGACCACAUGAAUUCUUUCACCUUGGAAGAUCACAGCUCAAAUAAGUCGUCCAAUCGCCCAUCUAUGAGUGACGAAGAUUAUUUACUUGAAAAAAGCGGUGCUUCAGUAUAUAUUCCACCAAUUGCCGAACCUCCUAAAGAUAAUAGCAAUCUGAGUCUGGAUGCGUAUGAACGCAACUCAUUAUCAUCGGAUAAUUUGAGUAACAAGCCAGUAUCUAGUGAUGUUUCUAAUGACGACAGUAACCUGCUGGCUAUCCAAAAGGCACCAGUAUCAUCAUCUAGUCGAAGAGGAUCGGUACCCGCAAAUUUUCAUGGUAAUGCUUUGUCACCUCAUACCUUCAUAUCUGAUUUGUUUACGAGAACAUUUAGUAAUAGUGGUGCUACUCCAAGCCUUGAUCAAGAGGAUACCUAUCUUACACCGUCCAAAGAUUCUAAAGAGGUUUUUAUCUUUCGACCGGGCGACUAUAUCUACACUUUUGAACAGCCAAUAUCACAAUCUUAUCCAGAAAGUAUAAAGGCGAAUUUCGGUUCCGUGGAGUAUAAACUGUCAAUAGAUAUAGAAAGGUUUGGCGCAUUCAAAUCAGCUAUACAUGCUCAAUUACCCAUCCAAGUCGUAAGGCUUCCUUCUGAUGGAUCCGUAGAGGAGACUGAGGCUAUUGCAAUUUCCAAGGACUGGAAAGAUCUUCUUCAUUAUGACGUGGUAAUUUUUUCGAAAGAAAUUGUUUUGAAUGCGUUUUUGCCCAUUGACUUCCAUUUCGCUCCCUUAGAUAAAGUUACUCUGCAUCGGAUAAGAAUAUAUCUAACCGAGUCCAUGGAAUACAUCUGUAAUAGUAAUGGGAAUCAUGAGAAGGCUCGUCGAUUGGAGCCAACCAAAAAAUUUUUGUUGGCUGAACAUAAUGGUCCAAAACUACCUCAUAUCCCAACUGGUUCCAAUCCUUUGAAAGCUAAAAAUAGAGGAAACAUCCUCCUGGAUGAAAAAUCCGGCGACCUAGUUAAUAAAGAUUUCCAGUUCGAAGUGUUCGUUCCAAGCAAGUUUACAAAUAGUAUACGGUUACACCCUGAUACCAAUUAUGAUAAAAUCAAAGCCCAUCAUUGGAUAAAAGUCUGUCUUCGUCUUUCCAAGAAGUACGGGGAUAAUAGAAAACAUUUCGAAAUAAGUAUUGAUUCUCCAAUUCACAUUUUAAAUCAACUGUGCUCACACGCAAAUACUUUACUACCAAGCUACGAGAGUCACUUCCAGUAUUGCGAUGAAAAUGGCAAUUUCGCACCAACGGCAGAUCAGCAGAAUUACGCAAGUCAUCAUGAUUCCAAUAUUUUCUUUCCAAAGGAAGUGCUGUCGUCUCCGGUUCUUUCACCAAACGUACAGAAGAUGAACAUUAGAAUACCGUCUGAUCUUCCAGUCGUACGUAAUAGAACUGAAAGCGCGAGAAAAAGCAAGGCGGAUAAUGCCUCCAAGAAGAAUGCUCAAAGUGACAAUGUCUUUGCAUCCAAACAGCUAGUCGCAAACAUUUAUAAGCCCAAUCAAAUUCCAAGGGAACUAACUUCCCCUCAGGCGUUACCGUUGUCGCCCAUCACCUCACCAAUACUGAAUCAUCAACCACUAUCAAACUCCCCACCUCCAGAUUUUGAUUUUGAUCUAGCAAAGCACGGAACAGCUGAUGUUAAUGCUAUUCCCGUAGAUCCUCCAUCAUAUUUUGAUGUGUUAAAGGCCGAUGGUAUUGAUUUACCAUGUUACGAUGCAAGUUCAUCUAGAAUUCCCGAACUAAAAUUAAACAAAUCUAGGGAGACAUUGGCCAGCAUUGAGGAGGAUUCCUUCAAUGGUUGGUCUCAAAUCGAUGACUUAUCCGACGAAGAUGAUAAUGAUGGCGAUAUAGCAUCCGGUUUUAACUUUAAAUUGUCAAACAGUGGCGCCAGUGAGAAUGUUAAUUCACACACUCCUAUUUUGCAGUCUUUAAACAUGAGUCUUGAUGGGAGAAAAAAAAAUCGUACCAGUCUCCAUGCAACAUCAGUAUUACCUAGCACAAUAAGGCAGAAUAACCAGCAUUUCAACGACAUAAGCCAGAUGCUAGGCAGUGGUGACGAAGAUGCCUUCGCUAAAGGCCAAUCGUCGAACUCCAAUAAGAAACUACCCAUACUUAAAAUCAAUGAUAACAUCAUACAACCUAAGAGCAAUAAUAAUAGACUUGGUGAUCUCGAAGACACCAUGGAUUCUUCAGUCGAUAUCACAGCAUUUUAUGAUCCUAGGAUGUCAUCUGAUUCCAAAUUUGAUUGGGAAGAAGCCAAGAACCAUGUCGAUCCAACGGGCUACUCGGUAAAUGUUGCUAGUGAAAACCGUGUAAUGGACGAUUUUAAAAAAGCAUUUCGCGAAAAGAGAAAAUAA